UAUGGCAGCCUCCGUAUCGAAUCAACUUCCUUAAAAUUAACAUUGUAAUCGGAGAUGUUAUCCACAUUAUAUAUUAUGGAGAAGGGGAUGUAAUUUCUAAAAAUGACAGUCUGUUUAUAUAGGCUAUAGACCAUGUCAUUCUUCAAACGCCGACUAGAUAAAAGCAAGAAUAAGGUGACUGCAUCACCAGUAAGGAAACCACCUGUGUUAGUGGCUCCAUCUGGCUAUCAGCAGACAGGUCACAGUUCUAGCGCCUUACAGUCAUCGGUUCAAAGUGGUCCUGAUAUUUGCAAUGGUGACAUUGGCGUUCCCGAGAGCAUCCUCGGACCCGCUCAGGCGCGCGAGAAGUCCUCCCGGCAACAGCACAGCCUCCUCAUCGAUGACCACCUCGGCGACCUCGGCCAGAGGGCGCUGCUGUCGACGCUCAAGCGCAGCUCGCGGCUCUCGAAGGCGUACCACGAGGUGCUGCGUGACCGCAACGCGCUCGGCCACUACGUGCGCUUCAUGGAGGCGCGCGCCGCCGGCCGGCUUGUCCGAUUCUGGCUCGACGCCGACAGCUUUCAGACGACGACAUGGCUGCGCAUACGCACGCACGCGCUCAACUGCAUGACGCGCACGACGCUCGGCCAGUGCAGCACGAUCGGCCGCAGCGUUGACGGGCACGGCGCGACGGACCCGGCGCUGGCGCACGAUGCCGCGCUGACGGACAACGGCCUCGCGGCGGCCGCCCGCGGUCAGAAUUUGUGCAGCGAGAGUGGCGCGCCACACGAGGGCGCUGGCGGGUGUGCCGGCGAGACGUCGGAUGCAAAGACGCUGCCGAAUCGGACGGACGCGGCACUGCAUCUGAACGUGAAGGGAGACGCCAUUGCCGAGAAGCUGAGAAAAGGUAUAGAAGCAGAUGCCAUGCUAGUGUAUAGCAAGUUCAUCGCACAAGACGCCAGUGAUCCAAUCGGAGUUGGCGAUAGGAUUCGAAAUGAAAUCAUACGUAAGAUCUGCAGGGAAGAUGGAUUGGUCGAUCCAUCUUCCUUUGUGGCAGCUCAGGACUUUGUGUCUGACAUCAUGAUAAGAGAGUACUUUCCUGUGUUCCAACAGAGCUUCUAUCAUUGCAAGCAUCAGAUUGAUGUUCUAACCAGUGGUACUGUUUACCUGGAGGACUUACUCUACAAUGAGACAGCCUUCUUCUACUUCAUGGAGUUUAUGGAGCAAGAGAAUGCGAUGCUACUGAUAGAGUUUUGGAUGGCUACUGAUAACUUCUGCCGCCAUCUACAGGAGCAGGAUGGAAAUUAUGACAGCAUGCAGGCGCAGGCCGAUGCCAUGGUGCUCUAUGAAAAGUAUUUCUCACUACAGGCAACCUCACCGCUGGGCUUCAGCCAGGCCGUGAGGUUUGAGGUGGAAUCGAACAUUUGUCGUGAGGACGGACCUCUACCCGACUGCUUUGACCAGCCGCUAAAGAUUGUGCUGCACACAAUGGACCAGAUGUAUCUGAAGCCAUUCCUGCAGAGUGAGAUUUACUUCAGAUACCUCACAGAGAUCAUCAACACCAUACAGCUAAGCGACACUGACCCGGCACCUGGGAAUAGGCUGCGGCCGCGGACAGGUAGCAGCGCGAGCAGCGAGCAGAGCACGCAGAGCGAGGGCGCUGGCGUCGCGGCGCCGCGGAACACGCUGCUGGCGAUGGAGAGCUCGGCGCACGACCAGCAAGCAGUGCGGCGAAUCAUGCGUAGCAUCGAGGACGAGUUCCACAUCGACCCGGCACAGCUGACACCGCAGAAGCUGUGGAGUCGUCCGCAGGCAGGCAACCUGACAUUGGGUCAUAUGGACGAGCUAGGGCGCUACUGCACUGAUUUUGAACCGGAGCCAAGGCGCAAGGAUAAAGCUUUCAAAAUCUCCAUGGCUGUGAAAAAGUUCAUCACGAAAGAUGAAGACAAGGAAAAGGAAGAUAUGGCAGUGAAAAUAGCUCAGAUGAUUGUUAAUGACAUUACAACCAUCACCAUGGGUGCACCCGUACUAAGUUCCGAUACACAGAGCAUAUCUAGUCUGGACUCACAUGAGGGCAGCACUGCAGCCAUCGGAUUCCAGGGCAGGCAGACGCGAGAUUCAUCUCCGACAACGUGAAAACAAGAGUGCGCUCGUCGCCCGACUGAAUCUUACGUAUUGUGCUCCUGAUUUUACUAGACGUUGAACAUUGGAGGCCGGACGUUCCAUUGCAUGGGACAAACCGGUGCAGGGCAAUAAGUUAGGUCACACUAAGGAAGGAGUGUUGUGCUGAUAGCACGCAUGUGACACAUCUCCCAAUUUAUCUUCGUCAAGAUGCAUGUAUUUGUACAUAUAUAUUUACAUUUAGAUAUAUAAAUAGAGUUAAAAUAUGUGGUGCCGAUAACUUAGGACAUAGUUAGUGCUCAGGCAAGCAGUGCGAAAGAUUGUGCAGUGGCUAAAGCCUUGUGGAUGGCCUUCGAUAUCAGGCUGCGAUGUUGUCUGAAGGAACUUGCCCAAUGAGGGUGUCUCUGCCACGUGCUGUCAUUCCUGUGUACUUUUGAUUUCGUUGAGAAACGUUUAGUUGCAGUUAUAAGACACACGUGUUACACACCUUAAGUUCACUUGUUUCUGCAUAAAAGAUGAUACUAUUACACAUACUGACCUCUGUUUUGUUAGAAAAAAAGGCAGUGGCAUGGAGAUCGAGUUCAAUAUGCAAUUGGCAUGCACUUAGCUAUAGAGGUUGUAAAUUGAAAUCGCAUUCGACAAAAAUUUGGCCUGAUUUAGAGCGGAUAUUGUGCAGUGUUUCUCAGACUGGGAAGACACGUGCAUCUUUAAUGAUACAAACUUGUAGGAGCAUUGUAUCUGCUCCCUAACACCAGUCAGAAGGGCGGUUUACUUAGAAGCCUGAUUACUAGCAUCUAACACCAAUUACGUUUUGCUUGCCCGGCCCACUAUCGUGACGUUCUUGUCUCAGUGAUGUGAAAAUCAUGUGUAAAGGUGGCGCCACUAGGCAGAUAAUUUUAUCAGCUGAGGUUAACUGUGACCAGUUUGGGGGAUAUUUUCACGAAGCAGCGUUUUUAUAAUAUGGUUAAUCUUAUUGGAAUUUAUUAUCUUGUUACUGUACAGAAAUAUAGAAUGAUUAUGGUAGUUUUGAACACAGUGGAUAAUAUGCAAUUGUUGCAUUUGGAGCGAUGUCAAGAGCUCGUUAAUAUCCAGAUAUCAAUCGUGUCAAUGAUAUUUAAUGCCCAUUAUCAUGUUAAUGGGUUCUUGAUGAUUCAUAAGAAUUAAAUGUGAUAUUUACCAGUACUCCUCUGUGUGUGCGGGUGUUGAAGAAAGUACAAGCUACUGUCUCUGUAGCAAAUUAAUGAUAAGAGACUAUGGAAUAGGAUGACACUAUGAGAUACCGAACUUUACAUGAUCACAACCUAAGACUGAAUACAACGUAGAAAAAACAUCAUCUGAUUCUAUUUAGUUAUGGAAUUUGUACAUGAGUAGCGCGCGCGUGUGUGUGUGUGUGUGUGCGUGCGUGCGUGCGUGCGUGCGUGCGUGCGUGCGUGCGUGCGUG